AUGAACUGGGGACAACUAUUGACUUUUCUUAUUUUAUUUUAUUUUAUUUUAUUUUUUUGCGAUAGGCCGGGGCAAAGGACGCAAUCCUAAAUUGCUAACCCGAAGUUAAUGUGCCUACAUUUCCUGCCAUCUGCCUUCCUCCUCCUCCUAGCUUUUUGCCAACUGUUAGUUCCUGCAGUCCAGGUUCCCAAGGAAGCCGACUAAGAUGGAGAGUAAUGUGCAGGAAGUUUCUUAGGGAGUACUCUUAGGAUCAACACCUGUGGAAGGGGAGGGAGGGAAGAAAUCAAAAUUCAACAGACGGAGAAAGUGGGCAGUCUCAAAUAAGGCUUCAGUUAACCCCACAGGGAGCUCUGAAGCUGAGAUGGCCUUUCAGAGAUGUCCCAAGUUGGGGUAAGGGGCUGGACCUUUAUACCUUCAAGUUGAAUCAUUGAUGUGGGCUUCCUGAGGACAGGGGUGAUCUUGGCUGAGGUGCCUAUCUUUUUCUAAGACAAUUUCUGAUGAGGGCUCACGGCAGCUAACAGCUCUCAAGCCAGCUAGGGAAGUAAAAUUUUUGGUCUUCAAGGGAGAUCUGAGCAGUGCAUCACAGCACCAUCAUAGCUAUAUUUGUACCUUCCCAUUGUCCAUUGUCGUUUAGUCAUAAUUAAGUCAUCUGGGCUUUGUUAUAGAUUGAUUCUCAAAGUUGAAAAUCCAACUGUGUUUCCAGUAUUAAGACGGUAUAAUAGUAUUCAGUACAGUACAGUGUAGGGCUAAGAUUCCAUCUCCCCACAAUUGCUGCUCUCUCUGCUUGGCGUACCCUUCUUGCAGACCUCAAUGCGGCUUGCUCCCUCACUUCCUUCAAAAUUUUGUUCAAAUGCCCCUUCACUAGUGAGGCCCUGCCUGGCCACCCCAUAGAAAAUAACAAGCAUGCCCUGCACCCACGCUUUAUUUUUCUCCAGACCGGGUAUGCCCACCAACUGACUAUCUCUCUCUCUCUCUCUCUCUCUCUCUCUCUCUCUCUCUCAUCUAUCUGUCUGUCUGUCUAUUUAUAGUUUUAAGCUCCACCAAGGCAGGGACAUAGAGCCCCAGUACCAACAACAGCGCCUGGUAUACAUAUUUGCGAUACUUAAGAAUUAGUUGAAGAAAUGAAUAGGAAAGGGAGUCCUUUUAGAUGGAGGAAGGGACUUUCUCAAAAGUCCUCAUGGAAGGAGAAUGGCAUUGAAGCUGGAUUACAAGAAGUGUGUCUUUUAUAAAGAUAACAAGGAGGGGCAGGGCUUCCAGGUGAAAGGCAUAGCACAAGCAAAGGCAAAAUAGACGGGUAACUGCUAGUUGUUAAGGGCAGUGGUUGAAUCGCAAUACCCCUAGCAGUUCUACACCUAGGGGCCUGCGGGCCUCUGGGUCUGCGAAGCUUGCAAAGCGGCUGGCCCGCCCCGGCUCUGCGCCUGUCUCUCGGCCACGCCUACUGCCGCAGGAUGACGCGCACCUCUAGAACCCGCCCCCAAGGGGAGGGACGCAGGGAAGAGUCGCACAGACGCACUCGCGCCGUGGCCAGCGCCCGGGCCUCAGGGCCCGGGCGGCGGCUGUGUUGCGCAGUCUUCAUGGGUUCCCGACCAGGAGGCCUCUGUGGCUGCGGCGGCUGCUGCUAACUGCGCCACCUGCUGCAGCCUGUCACCGCCGCUCCGGAGCGGCCGCGUCGAAGCCGAAAUGCCGACGCCCGGGUCCGGCCGAGGCUUUCUCUGGCUGGGUCUGGUCCUGAGCUCCGUCUGCGUCGCUCUUGGAUCCGAGACGCAGGCCAACUCGACCACAGAUGCUCUGAACAUUCUUCUCAUCAUCGUGGAUGACCUGCGCCCCUCCCUGGGCUGUUAUGGGGAUAAGCUGGUGAGGUCCCCAAAUAUUGACCAACUGGCAUCCCACAGCCUCCUCUUCCAGAAUGCCUUUGCGCAGCAAGCAGUGUGCGCCCCGAGCCGCGUUUCUUUCCUCACUGGCAGGAGACCUGACACCACCCGCCUGUACGACUUCAACUCCUACUGGAGGGUGCACGCUGGAAACUUCUCCACCAUCCUGUGGUGA